UUCUUGCUCGCGCUUCUGCCCAGCUUCUUACACCAUCUUGUCGUCGAUGUGCCUCACAAACCAACUCGUGUCUCUCCUACUGCUUGGCUGGACGGCGCUCGUGGAUGGGCUGCCUUUUUCGUCUUCCUUCGUCACUUCGAGUUCUGCUAUCACCGAAAAGGUCUGAUCUCAUACGGCACGGUUAAGGACCCCGAGCAUCCAAAUGAGAAUCAUUACUUGCUGCAACUACCCAUCUUGAGACUCCUGUACAGUGGAGAGGCCAUGGUUGCCGUCUUUUUCGUCAUCUCUGGCUACGCCUUGUCGCUCAAGGCACUGAAACUGAUCAGAAAAAAUUCCUACGAACAGCUGAUGCGCACCCUUGCCUCAUCCAUUCUGAGACGUCCAUUACGCCUUUACCUCCCUUGCAUUGCCUCAACUCUAAUUGUCUUCUUCGCACUUCGUCUAGGCAUCUACGAUGGCCCCAACUCAAUUGCCGGACCCGAGGAUGUUUUCAGAUCCAUCUUCCUUGGCUGGGCCCACGACCCACAGCCCCAGAUAUUGCCGACUUUCUGGGAACAAGCAAGAGACUGUACACACGAGACCCUUCGGCUGUUUGACAUCUUCACACACAAGCAUUGGCCCGAUUCCAGAUACGAUGUCCAUUUGUGGACUAUUCCGCAGGAAUUCAAGUGCUCUUACGUUCUGUUCCUAACCAUCGCUGGAUUGGCUCUUGUCCGUACCAGAGUAAGAAUGAUUCUGUUGGCUGUCUUCGUCGCUUGCGGCUUCCAAGCGGACGCCUGGGAGUUGAGCGCAUUUUGGAGUGGCGCUCUGAUAGCCGAAGCCAACAUCAUCCAUCAGGAGAAGAAGGACAGCCGCGUCAACGUUGAUCCUUUCUCUGACGAAGACGAUCCGCGUAGCCAGAUGACCGUCUUGUGCACCUACUCUGCUUUUGCUUUGAGUCUUUUCUUGCUCUCAUACCCAUCUCAAGAAGCUCAGUUUGCUCCUGGCUAUUCCACCUUGUCAACGCUGGUCCCGUCUGGUUUGCGUAAAGAUGAGGGCUAUCGCUUUUGGCACUGUCUUGGUGCGAUGAUCAUGCUCUACUUCACCGGCCUCGACAGCCGACUCCAAUCUCUCUUCAACAACUCAUUGAGCCGUUACCUGGGAAACAUCUCCUUCGCGCUAUAUCUCGUUCACGGCUUUACCUUGAAGACGAUUGGUUAUGUCUCCGUGUAUGGAUUCUGGCAAAUCACUGGCAAGGAGACGCUCUUCCAAUACGAAUCUGGAUUCGUUCUGGGAGGUAUGGUUGUGAUUCCUCUGACUAUCUGGUUCGCAGACCUCUUCUGGAGAUUCAUCGACAUCCCCAUCGUCAGAUUCACAAGAUGGUUCGAGAAG